CUCGCCGCCGCCGCCUUCGCACCCAAAUUUGGCGCGCACCGCGCAACACUUUUCCGCACUCACGCGCCCGCCUAGAGCAGCCGCCCGCCAGCCGUACCACAGCGCAGCAGCGCCUCUUCGUCAGCACAGGAGCACGCCCCUCGAGAAGCCAUCAGCACCGCCCAUGCCAUCUGCCGGCAUGCGCGUCUUCAGCAGCUUCGAGUCUAGGCACCGCCUUGCACACGAGCUCGAAGAGCGAGCCGUUGCGAGGAUCUGCGCAGGCAAUCAAUGCGCCGCGCGGCCACGGGUGCUUCUCGCCUGAGGGCUGCGCGGCGGCGGUGCCAGCUCGGGCGGUGCCGCUUGGCGCUUCUCCGGCACUGCGCCAGUCUCCUUGGCCGCCCAAUGCGCCUGCCCUCGUGCGCUGGACCCGCGGCGGCGUGCGGCGCGGGGGCAGAAACUCGCGGGUGGCAAAAGACGGAGCAGCCGCGCACGCGCGCGCGCCCCAAGCAACCCCAGACUGCCGGCGUGCCCGAGGGGGCGCCUGAGCGGCUGUCACGCGUGCUGGGGCUGCAAGAGGGCGAGUCGCCGGCAGCGUCCGAGGGCGCCACGGCGCGCGAAAAUGUGCGCCCAGCCAGCAUCAGGCCGUCGGCGGCGCGCGGGGGGCUCGCAAACGCUUCUCGGCUCCUCCAGGCACGCCGCUCGGAAGGAUGCUUUGCGCAUCUGCAUAGCCUCUCUUCACGCCUGCCACGGGUGAGACGCUUGCGCAAAGCCGGCGGAGGAACGGAGGAAGGGAGAAGGGUUACUCACGUGUGCCCAAGCCAGUCCUCGAGACGAGCCCGCGCGCCGCAACCGGGGCGACGAGAGAGCAAAGGGAAUGCGACCGCUCACGGUACUGCACGCUGCGCGCCGCCGUGCACAGCGCGGUCUCUGGUGAUGGCCUUGACCGAGCCCAGAGGCGCAAGCGGCUUUGCUACAGCUUCGCACUUCCCUCUCUGUCUGCCGAGCGAGACAAAGGACGAGAGGGGAGGCGGGCUGGGCGGCGCCGCGCACGUUACGUAAGCGAGACAGGCUUCGCUGCAUGCCCGAUUCCCGCGCGACGCCCGUGCGCAAGCUGGCCAGCUCACGUGCCGCGCGCGCUCCGCCAGGCUGCCCCAGGCAUACGGCGGCGCGCGUCGUCAGCUCGGCGGCGGCGCCUUGGUCGCAGCGCCCCCAACCUCCACCCUCUCCCUCCUCUGCCCUCUCGCCCAGCUCGUUCGGGCAGCCAUGACGACCGUCAUUGCGCCCUCCACGGGCAUUGCCUCCUUCUACCAAACCAAGAUCGCCUCUGCCUCCUUGGCGAUCAACGAGCGCACGCAGAACCUGCGCCGCCUCGAGGCGCAGCGC